AAAGAAAAUAAUACUACUAUAUGAACCCAAAAAAACAAAAAAAAAAAAGUGAAGUCCACAAUAAUUGGCAUCAAAUGCCUUAUUGGGAUUCUCACUGUUUACUGAAUUCCAAGAUCUGCAAUUACAUUAUACUACUACUAUAUACAUUUACCAAUACAUUACAUACAACCAACAAAACCUGAAAAAAAUUUGAUUUUUUUAUAAACAAAAAAAAAAAAAAAACAUCUUCUUCUUCUCUUUCUCUCACACCAACGCAUACAUUCACUCUCUCUCUUCUCCCACCCACCUUUUCGUCUCCCCAUUGGAGGAUACCUUCUUUCUUUUCUCUCAUCUCUUUUUUUUUUCAACACUCAUUUCACAAUUUUAAGAAAAAGUUAGUGAGAGAAAGUUAGAGAGAGAAACUUAAAGUUUGCAAUUACUUGGUGCUGCUUUCUGUUUCUUUUGUGGGUAUUUUUUCCCACGCCAAUUAAGAUUUAGGGCUCCUCUCUAAAAAAAAAAGAGAAGAUACACAGAUGUUUUUUACUUAUCUUUUCUUGCAUUUUCUACAGGUGUACACUUCACGCAAUGUGACAAUUUAAAGUACAGUUCUUUUGUGUGCUGAAUUUAUUUGUAAAUUUUGAGGGUGAAGGAAGGUUAGGAUGGCAGCCGAGUCGAAUACGAGCUUUCACCAGGAAGACACACUAGGGGCUGGUUUGCAUAGGCAUGCUAUAUCGUUUCAGUCGGGGGCUGUGAAUAGCACGUCGGAGAUGAUUCCGAUUGGUAAUUACUAUGGGAUGAAUAGUAGUAAUGGGAAUUUAAUGUUUUGUGACAAUUCGAGCAUCAUUAGUACCAGCAGUCCCUGCACAACUCCUGCUGGCAGCUCAUCUGGUUCUCUUCUUUUGGAUUCGGUGCCUGGGUUGAAGCACGAUGCUGGUCUCGCUGUUGAGUGGACUGAGGACGAACAGUACAAAUUGGAGGAAGGCCUUGUCAAGUAUAAGGAAGAGCCUAGUAUUAUGCGGUACAUUAAGAUUGCUGCUCUUUUGCGAGACAAAACUGUACGUGAUGUUGCUCUUAGAUGUCGGUGGAUGACGAGAAAACGGAGAAAACAAGAGGAAUCACACUUGGGAAGGAAGGGAAAUUAUAGAAAGGAUAAAUACGUGGAAUCAUCGUCAAAAUGUAAUUUACCAUCGGCUUCAAUACCUAACAUGAACAUGGCUCCAUAUUCUCAUCAGCCGAACCAAAUGGAUCAUAAUCAGCGUGUAAAAUGUCAAGUGUUGACCAGCAAAGCUAAGCAUCUAUUGGAGCAGAAUGUUCAAGCCUUAAAUCAAAUUGACAGUAAUAUGUCAUUGCUGAAGUUGCAGGAUAACAUUGAUCUCUUUUGUCGUACAAGAGAUAACAUUAGUAAUAUCCAUGCCCUCCUGAAUGACAUGAAAGAGCUUUCAGGAAAAAUCGGCCAGAUGCAAGAGCUUCCAAUAUCAAUUGAUCAGAAUCUUGCGAGUAGUAUUUUGCCACGUACAACUUCGUAGAUAAUGAUGUUUGGCAUGCAUAACGGAUUGCAACCCAAGCUGGAGUCAAGAUGUUGAUAGAGGAAUUUCAGGAGUGUAUGGGUGAAUAUUCUGAACUGCGAGUACAGAAGCUUCUGUUGUAAAUUUAGUUAGGACCACUUAUGUUGUGUACGAUUCAGUUGCAUAUAUUGGGUCUAUGUGUAGAGAACACAAUUUUGGAACCAGCCAGUUAACAUCAAGAGAAAUUGGAUUUGGAGAAUGACAUAAUAAAACGCAGAGGUUACGGACUGCUAUAAGAGCAUGUACCUCAGAGCAUCUAGCCAUCCAUUCCCGUCUCUUGAUAUGGAGCUAAACUAUGUAUAGGGUGAUGUCACUGAAAAGUAUGAAGUAAAGAAUAUAACAUGCUAGGGUUCCCAUUUACACUUAUAACCCUGUUCUUACCCCCAGAUAGGCCAGUGUGUUGCUAGUUGUUAGGUCUCAAACAAGGGUGUUUCUGUACCUUUCGUUCGAGUAUUUCAGACUCAGCAGCUUUUGUUUUACAAAAAAAAAAAAAUAUUAUUGUUGUGUAUUAAUUUAUGGUGAGUAGAACUAAUUGCUUCAUCUUUGUAUUGCUGGCCUAAACAAGGCAUUGUUGUAGAAGUUAAUACUGAUCUUUGGGUACAUUGUAAUCUAAUUUCUCCACUGAAUUGGUUGGAAAGAUAUCUACUAUCAGCUUUUGGUAUUAA